CCCUCACAUCUCCCCCCAGCAUUUUCUCUUGUACAAUCCUUUUAUUUCCAGGUGCUUUUACUGCACUGUCCCUGGAGAAUUCUUGCUUUGAUCUUUGUCCUCCCACAUUGCCUGUGUCACUCCCAUCCCUCCCCCUCCUGCACAUCCCUCACUAGCUGCUGCUGCUGCACACACACAUUAGUAGCUACACACACACACACACACACACACACACACACACAAAAGUAGAGUCGCACUGGCGGCAGCGACAGCAGCAGCAGGAGGAGGAGGGAACAAUCCCGCCACUACUUCUUGAUCUUCCUUUCUCCUCCCGACUCUCGCUCACUCCUCUCUGUUCUCCUCACUACUCCCCCCGCCUCUCUGCCUGGGAGUGGAUUGUGAGGGGUCAGAGAGAUUUGGGAGGCGGGACAACCCCUUUUGGGUUAAAAAAAAAAAAGAGAGAAGAAAAAAAAAGCAAGACAAUCACGUGGAUGAGAUGAAAGGGAUGCCGCCUGGCAGAGAAGGGAGAGAGACAGGAUCUGAGAGACAUGGAAGUGACAAAAGCGCUCUAACGCUUCCCAUGUGAUCUCUCCUGCAGCCCCGCGAUUUGCCGCUGUGUUCCUCGCGUUAGGCUGGAGCCUUUGCUUUGGAUUGCGCUGCUUUUCCUGCGGAUUUCUUGUCGCUAUCGGACGCAGUGGUGCGUUUGCACGAUCGAGGCGAUCUGCGACCCCCGUUGGACCCCCCUCACUGAGAACUGGGAAAUGAUGUUCUUCUCGGCGGCGUUGAUCCACCAUCCUGCGAGAUGAAGGAGCCGAGGAGCCGGAGGGGUCUGCCCCUGGUCUGGCUGUGGCUCCUGCUGGCUGUGGCUCCCGGGGAAUCGCUGGCUAAGGAGACUGCAUUUGUGGAGGUGGUCUUGUUCGAAUCCAGUCCCAAUGGGGAUUAUAAAACCCACACUACUGAGUUACAGGGGAGGUUCUCCAGGGCUGGGGCUACCAUCAGCGCGGAGGGGGAGAUCGUGCAGAUGCACCCGCUCGGACUCUGUAAUAACAAUGAUGAAGAAGAUUUGUAUGAGUAUGGAUGGGUUGGAGUAGUAAAGCUGGAACAGCCGGAGAUGGACCCAAAGCCUUGCUUGACUGUAUUGGGAAAGGCAAAACGGGCAGUGCAGAGAGGCGCCACAGCUGUGAUAUUUGAUGUCUCCGAUAACCCUGAUGCAGUUGAACAGCUGAAUCAGGGGUUGGAAGACCCCCUCAAGAGGCCUGUGGUUUAUAUGAAGGGCAUGGAUGCUAUUAAGCUCAUGAACAUUGUUAACAAACAAAAGGGGGCCCGUGCAAGAAUCCAACAUCGCCCUCCUCGGCAACCAACAGAGUAUUUUGACAUGGGAAUCUUCCUGGCUUUUUUCGUGGUGGUGUCUCUGGUUUGUCUUAUUCUACUUAUCAAGAUCAAAUUGAAGCAGCGACGGAGCCAGAAUUCUAUGAGUAGGAUGGCUGUCCAGGCACUGGAAAAAAUGGAGACUCGAAAGUUCAAGGCUAAAGGGAAAGUUCCUCGGGAAGGCAGCUGUGGUGGCCUGGACACCUUAAGCAGUAGCUCCACAUCUGACUGUGCCAUAUGCCUUGAGAAAUACAUUGAUGGAGAGGAGCUGAGAGUCAUUCCCUGCACACAUCGAUUCCAUAAGAGAUGUGUGGACCCCUGGCUUCUACAGAAUCACACAUGCCCACACUGCCGGCAUAAUAUUAUUGAGCAAAAGAAAGGAGGCCAUGGUCCUGUGUGUGUAGAAAACUCUUCGAGUCAUGGCCGUCAGCAGCAGCAACAGCGAGUUAUCCUUCCUGUUCAUUAUCCAGGGAGAGUACAACGCACUGGUCCUAUUGCUGCAUAUCCUACUCGAACUAGCAUGGGUCCCCAUGGUAACCCUAUUACAGUACUGACUGUGGAAAGGCCAGUGGAGCCAGACCUAUACCCAGCUCGUACCCCAACCUUUUUGGCCGGUUAUAGACCUGUAUCACUGGACCAUGCAUCUUCAGGACAUCAUUGUGACUUAGAGCAUCCUCCAUACCCAGCCCCAACAGCUGGGCAUGCCUUUCGCCGUGCUAAGUACAAUGGGCGAGGAUUUAACAAUGGCACUUGUUACUCCCAGUAUGAGACCAUGUACCAGCACUACUACUUCCAAGGCCUAAGCUACCCCCACCAACAGGAGGUUGGUGGAAGUCAGGCCUCUAGAGUUGUUGAGAAUGGCCAUAACCAUUCCUUUCAUUCAGGCAAUAAUAUGCUAUACCAGCCUGCACCUACCUUGAUGCACAUGGCACCGCCCUCUUCUGUUGGAAGCUGCUACCUCCACAGCCAACACCAGCAUCGCUCAGUAUGCAGUGGCUACUUGGCUGAUGUUCCCUGCAGUGACUCUAGCUCAAGCUCCAGCGCCAGUUCUGCCCAGGGACAUGCAUCAUCGAGUGAUUCCAUGCUGGACUGCACUGAAGCCAGCAACCAGGGUGUGUAUGGCAGCUGUUCUACCUUCCGCAGUUCUCUAAGCAGUGAUUUUGAUCCUUAUGUAUACAGGAGUCAUAGCCCUGCUAGGACUGCUGGAGGAGAUGCCCCUGCAAGUGGAGGGGAGGGAGGUACAGGGAGUGGGAGAGGGAGGGUGGAAUGCAGAUCUCACCAGACUUUCCCCUUUUCACCUUCACGGGACCGUCUCUCCAGCUGCAGCAUGGAAAUGAAUUAUAGCAGCAAUUCUUCCUUAGAGCGCCGUGGGGCAGUAAUAUCUUCUGGGACAGUUCCAGAUGCCUCAGUCUCCAGCUCUCAGGGUGUUGGGAAAGACAGACGAGGGCCUGAAAAGGGCUGCGCUUGUUGCUUUCAGAGGCAAGCUGGAGAUCCCAGCUCAGACUGCACUACCUUAUAUUUGGGUCCAGAGCAACAUCAAACAUCUGGCCCCUCCUCCAGUGGAGGCUUGUAUAGUGUUACCUCCAACAUUUUGCAUCGGACUGACCCAGGAACUGUUCUGGGCCAUCCUUCUAGGCCCUGUUGCCUUUGUGAGGAAAACCAUGGAAGCUGCUACAAUGAGGACUAUGCGGUCAGCAUCCAAUAUGCCUUGGCAGAGGCAGCUGCAGCGGCUGCAGCUGCAGCUGUUGCUGGUUGUGAAGCUGGCCAGCCUAUCCCUAUCAUUCCUGAGGAUCCAGGCUAUGAUGGGGGGCUUGAAUGUGUGGGACAUGUAUCUUGGGAAAUGGAGGGUGAGGAAGAAGAGGAGGAGGAGGUACUGUACAGUCAAGAAGGGCCAUGCUGCAUGUUAACAGAAGAAACUCGUGCCCUAUGUCGAAGCACAGGAAAAGAGGGAGCAGGAAGUACCACAGGUCAGGACUGCCUCCCAACAGACAGAGACUGAGCACUAUGGAUACUUGGACUGUAAUUCACUUUGUGAACUUUUUUUAAAUGAACUUUCUUUAAAGAGGAAAUAAAUAUCACUUUUUUAAUUUUUAAAUGGAUACAAGCUCUACAUGAUCUGGAAUCCGUCAGCCCUUACAACCACUUUUACCUUUCUUAUUCCCUGGACUCACUUCGAGAAAAUGUGCUACUUGUUUAGGUUUUUUUUAUCAUUAUAUAUAUAUAUAUAUAUAUAUAUAUAUAUAUAUAUAUAUAUAUAUAUAUAUAUAUAUAUAUAUAUAUAUAUAUAUAUAUAUAUAUAUAUAUAUAUAUAUAUAUAUAUUUCGGUUGAUGUUUUAGAACUUGUUUUCUUUCAGAGUUUGUAAUGCACAAGAACUGUCUUUCCUGAUAAAAGAGAUAUAUAUAUAUUUUUUCAGUAAAAUAAAGAAGAAAAUAUUAAUAUUAUUUUUAUGUGAUGGCUGAUUGGCCAGACAAAAAAAAAUUACAGAAAAUAUUUUGAAGUGUUUGGGAAUGAUCAUUUUCUGCCAUUUUAAAAGGACUUUAAAAUUAGAUUAUUUUUAUAUUCAAAUAGAGCUCCUUCUAAAUAGAUUCCUAAUUUGUAGUUACGAGUUUUGAUACAAUUUAUUUUUCUUUUGUUUAGCAUUCAUAAGCUAAAAUCACUAUUAUGUGCCAAUAUUAUUAUCCUCCCCCCCCCUUUCCUGUUCUUUUGCUUGAAUGUCUAGUUGUGUUGUAGGAGUAUAAACAUACUGCUGCCACAAGAGGGCAACACUGGAUAAAAUUUCUUCUUUCAGAUAAAGAACUACUGACGUUUGCCUUCAUGAGUAAAGGUGGCCAUAUACAGAGAGAUCCGCUCAUUUGGCGAUGUCACCAAAUGAAUGGAUCUCUCCCCGAUAUGCCCACCUUGAGGUAGGCGAUAUCGGGGUUAUCCGAUCGUGUGCCCUACGGCCCAAAGAUCGGAUCAUAAUGAAAGGUAUAUGGGCCGUCGCAUCACGGGACUGCAUCAACGAACCAAUGCAGUCCGCAAUCAGAUGAAGCCCGUCGUAGGGCCCCAUACACGGGGCCAAUAUACUGACGAUUCUGUCGGCAGCUUUUAUCAGCCCGUGUAUGACCACCUUUAAUGAGCUAAUGUUAAAGAGCCUAAAAUCACGAACACUAUGGUCACACUAAGUGAAUCUCCGCAGGCUGAGAAUCCGCUUCUCGGCUGCUGCUGUUCUGGUGGGUUUGCCUGUACCCGGGCGCAUAGACUCUGCUUGAGUUCAGGCAGACGAGACUGAUAUGGAAUGCAAACUCUUGCAUUUUUUUACUGAAAUCCACCAUGUCUGCCUGCACCCGAGCAGAGCCUAUGCUUCUGGGUGCAGGUAGAGCAGUGCAGAAGAUUAGCAGGAGAGCAAAUUUUCGGCCUGCGGUUGUCCAUGGCCCAAGAUCUUCAUUUAUGUGGCCCUAGCCUAAAGUUGCCUUUUUGUUGCCUUUUUGAAAAACCACACAACAUAUAGGAAACUAUGAGAUAAUAUGUAUAAAGGUGAGAAGAUAUUUAAUGGAAUCAAAGGGAAAUAAAACAUAUUGCCCCCUAAUUUGCAUGCUAUAGCGAAUAAGGGUGCUUUAUAACCACAGAUUUGUCUGGUUUUGUGCCCACCUCUUCUAUGGAUAUGUUGAAUAUAGCCAGGCCUGCAAUAUGCACAGUGCCCUAGUGUAGCACAUAAGCCAGAGCCUUACACCAUCAUCAAAUAACAUAACAUGAAAUUUAGGGGCAAUGAUCUCAAAGACAGCUGCUGUGCCAAAAGCCUUAUUUAGCUCCCUAAAUAUGGAAAUGCCAACCAAAAAGAAAAAAAAGUAAAUUGUGAAAGUGCUUAGAAUUGGUGGGGUUAUGUCACUUUGAAGCAUAAUAACGAGAUUUAUUAUUUACAGUAUUUCAUGAUGCACAGAACUAAAAUAAUUAUGUUCUUAGUUUUUUUUUGUUUUUUUUCUUUGGGGGGGGGAUACUGGGCAUAAUAUUGGUACAUACCCUAAUUUGCUAUUCAACAUGUAUUCAAGUAAAGUAAUAUGCUUCUAGAUAACAUGUAAGCAUGCACAAUAAAGCAAGAACGUUGGAAUUUAGUAGUAUGGCUACUGGCGAUGUUAGACCGGGUCAUAAGUUGUAUUUUGUCGCCUGAGUGUUUUGUAUGUGGACAAAUGUAACUUGCCUGGCAUUGUCUUUAAUGCACGACACCCAUGAUCUCCAGUUGGAGGAGAA